UAAGGGUGAGUUCAGCUCAGGGAAUCGAAAUGGCGGGGUUAGCUAUGAGGACAGAAUCAGUGAUUUGCCGGAUGGCAUUCUUCUUAGUAUCUUGUCUUGCUUACUUUUAAAGGAAGCAGCAACCACUAGUGUCCUUUCAAGGCGGUGGCGGGAUCUGUGGGCUUCUGUUAUGAGUCUUAACUUUGAAGAUGAGAAGAAUUCGAGGGAUUUCAAGGAAGUGAAGCCAAAUAUACAACACAGGCAACGCCGUAGUUUUGUCAGUAUGGUGGAUGCUGCCGUGAAACAGCAUACAGGCCUAACAAUUGAACGGUUCAGGGCUUGCUUUUUUCUAGAUCGUCGCUUUGCACAAUCCAUUGAUGAGUGGAUUGAGUUUGCCGUGAAAAAGAGGGUGCAGAUACUUGAGCUGGAGUUUUCAACAGCGAAUUAUAAAGAUAACUAUACAUUUCCCCAUGAACUACUAGGUCUUGCUAAAGGGUCUACGCAAAAGGACUUACAUUCUGGCAUCUCAAGUCUGCACUCAUCUGGUUGUUGUCUGGGUUUCAAGUCACUAAAAGUUCUUACUUUGCGACAUGUUAAUGUGGCCGGAGAAGCUCUUGAGAACUUGUUAAUGAACUGUCCAGUUGAAAGAUUAUCAGUGGUGGCAGCCAAAAAUUUGGUCGAUCUAAGAGUUGUUAGUCCACCAAUCACAUGGAAGUAUUUGGCAAUAGAAAAAUGUCUUGACCUCAAAACCAUUGAGAUCUGUAAUGCUGACAUUGUUUCAUUUACUUACAUCGGAGUCGGUAUAGACCUGGUUCUGAGUAAUGUACCAUUGCUUACUGAGCUGAAGUGUCUCACAAUGGAUAUCAGUGAAGUGGUCUACAAUCAGGAUUAUGUGUUCCCUAUGUUAGCAAAUCUCAAGUGUUUGGAAUUAAUAUGUGAACCACAUUAUGCGUCUGCUCUUCGUUAUUUGACUUCUUUCAUGAAGGCAUCUCCUUACUUGCAGAGACUUGUGUUGAAGAUGAAUAUCUACACAUCAUGGUUGGAGGAGAUGGGAAUAGGAAAGACAGAGAUGGAGGAGAUUGUGACAACAAAGCAACUGGAGAGUGUUGCCAAAUGCCCUCACGAUGAGCUCAAAGUAAUAGAAAUAGUUGGGUAUCGUGCUCGUAGAUUUGCUGCUAAACAUGUCAUGCUCUUGUUAAAGAAUGCCGUUGCACUGAAGAAACUUGUUAUUGAUCCAGUCCGGCAUCGGUCUAGAGGGCUGAGUAUGGUGAAGGAAAUUAUUGAUGAGGAAAUGAAGGCAAGAAAUCAUGCUGUGAAACACCUUAAGAAAUAUGUUCCCUCAACUGUAAACUUUGUAUGCCUGUAAUAAUUGAUUCCAAACCAUAAUGUUUGUGCAAACAAGCUCGAGUUGAGAAUAAAUGGUCUUUCCUUAGAAAAUAAAAUGGAUCUACAUUCUUUCUCUC